AAAUAAUCAUAACUCAACAGUAAUUUAAAUGCAUAUUAAAAGCUAUUUUUGCAAUAUAUUACAUGAAAUAAAUGUGUACAAAUGAAUAAGUGAUGUGUUAGUGUAUAUAAAAUUGAAAAAUAUAAGUGCAAAAUUAAUUUUAUAUAUAGAAAAUAUGUAAUUAAAAUAUUGCAAAUUUUCAACUUUAAACGCGAAUAUCCUGAAAACUAUAAUCUUCUUCCGGCCUAACCAUAUAUAUUCGUAAUCUGGAGAGUCUCCUCUAUCCGACCAUACCCAUUUUAUGUCCGAAAUCUUGGGACGGCAUACUAAAGCCGAUCCGAAAAGAACGUUAAAUAAAUAACAAGGAGGAAAAGUAGAGGAAACGAGAAAUUGAACUCUUAAAAUAUAUAAAAAAGAAUUUACGCACUAUAGGAUUGCGUGGAAAAGUAUUAAAAUGAACAUGGAUAGGCGUUCACGUAGCAUAUCGCCAGGCAAUCGUCGACAUCGUAAUGGUGGCAAUAUGGCCGGAGGCGGAGGCUCACGACGAGACUACCGCCGUUACAGCCGCUCCCGUUCUCGUUCAAGAUCACGCGAACGUAGUCGUGAUCAAAAUUUUCGACGUCGUAAUUCACGCUCGAGAUCACGUGAACGUAUGGGACCACAUCGAAGUGGUGGUAGUGGAGAAAAGGAUUUAUAUCGUGAUUUAAUUUAUGAUGAUUAUCAAGAAGAUAAAAGCUACAAUGCUCGUGGUCAUCGUGGUCGUGAUGAUGAUGACUAUAAUGAAGAACGUGAUCGAUUUUGGAACGAUCGCGGCAGAGACAAAGGACGUGAUUAUGACCGCGAUAGAGAGCGCGACCGCGAUUAUGAUAGGGAUCGUGAUAGAAGGGACAAUCGUCACAGUCGUUAUGGCCGGCGAUAUGAAAAUGAUCGUGAAAGUGAUGACAGCGAUGAGAGCUUUCACAGUAAUUUCUACAACAAAACUCCAUCAAACACCAUAAUUGUUUUGGGCUUACAAUCGCACAUUACCGAAGCGGAUCUAAUGAGCAUAUUGAUCCAACAAGGCAUGACCGCUUCCAUACGACUGAUACGCUAUCGACCAACAGGUGCAUCACGAGGUUUCGCUUUCGUCGAGUUUAGAACCAUUGAUGAAGCUGUACGUUGGAUGGAGCUAACCCAGGGCUCAAUACAAUUGCCGGAUCAUCCGCGCGCCAAUCUGCAAUACAGUGUCUCACCUAAACAGAAAGGAAAUGCUACGGAAUGGCAUUGUAGCAUGUGUGGCGUUUUGAAUUUCAGAGGACGUUUUGUCUGUUUCAAGUGCAAUGCAUCGCGCGAGGAUAGUGAAAAAAUCGGCGGGGGUAGCGAAGAAGUUAGCAACAUCUUAACGAAAAAGAUCAUGUUACGCAAUUUGGAUACGUUAACGACAGAGGAGGCCGUACUCACUGCGAUGCAGCAGCAUGUGCCAGAUUUGGCAAGUAAAAUUACGAAAAUACUCGUCAGUCGCGACACAUUAACGCAGACAUCACGUGGUAUAUGCUAUUUGAAUUUCGAUAGCCUCAUUGAUUCGAUGAAUUUGUAUACAGCUUUGAAGGCACUAGAUCCACCGCUAACAAUUGAUGAUCGUCAAUUACUCGUCACGUAUUGCAUAGAUCAUGAGAAUCGUCAAAUCGUGCCCAAGAAGGGCGAUGCAGCUGCAGGUGGCUCAGCAUCAGCCUCUAUUGGCCCGAUGACAGCUGCUGAAAUGAUGGCUGCUUCAGGUUCUCUUGCCGGCGGCGCCAGCGAAUACACUUUGGCAGAUGUGCCUCGCUUGGCCGAAUACAGUGCCGCCUUGUAUGCAUCGACACCGGCUGAGCAUGCGCAUUAUUUGCAGUACUACACAGAAUACUACAUAAGCGAGAUUAAUAAAGGACACUACGGCAAUUUGCCAAGUUCUGCUCAGUUAACAGAAACCUCAGCGAAUUCAGCAGCUGCUGUUGCGCUCUCGGCCAUACAACGUAAGCAAAAGAAAAUGAAUAGCAUUGAGACGACAGCAACACAGGCAGCUGCAGCUGCUGCGGCUGCCGCGGCGGCGGUGAAGGCUAGUUUAGCUUUGAAAAAUGUCGCCACGCCGAAGGGAAACGACGGCAAGACUUAUCCCACACCCGAUGUCUCACUGUAUCAAUAUGAUGAAACCUCUGGAUAUUAUUAUGACCCGACCACGGGUCUGUAUUACGAUGCACAUUCCCAAUAUUAUUACAAUAGUGAAACGGGCGCUUAUCUCUAUUGGGAUCAGCGUAAAAGCACUUAUGUUUUGGCCACACCGGCAGCGGCAGCAGCCACAAUACAAGAUGUAGUAAAGAGUGAAAUUGGAGACGAUGCCAAAGCGAGUGCCGCAAAUGCUGGCGGUAAUUCGACUGCCGCCAAUGAAGAUGAGAAGAAAGACAAGAAGGAAUCUGGUAAUAAACAUGAUAAAGUGAAGGUAGCAAAGAAAAUAGUUAAGGAUAUGGAAAAGUGGGCCAAACAGUUGAAUCAGAAAAAAGAUUAUACAGUAGUUGCGACGCCGCAACCGAUAUUGCCUUCGAAAGCAGACGAUGCACCAGCUCGUGCUGCGGGCGUAGUCGCUGGUAGCACUACUGGUGCGCUAUCUAGUGGUUAUGCUGAUGUCGGUUUCUCUAUUUUAGAGAAGAAGGAACGUGCCAAACUGACAGACUAUAUGCCAAGCACGCCGAGCACUAAUAAGCUCACGGCGUAUGCCUCCGAUUCCGAUGAGGAGCAUGGCGGUCAGGCGGGGACCACGAGUGGCGCUGGUGCUGAGGCCAGUGAAAAAGAUUACGUUGACUUCCAAAAACUCACAUGCCUGCUGUGUAAACGCGCUUUUCAAUCGCUGGAAAUAUUGCAAAAGCAUCUAAAAAUGUCCAAUUUGCAUAAGGAAAAUCUACAGAAAUUUAACUUGGCACGUGGCUCCAAUGCGGCAGGUGAAUCUAUGGGCAAUGCAAGUUUGUCUAAUUAUCGCGAUCGCGCUAAAGAAAGACGCCAGAAAUAUGGCGAGAGUGAUCCACCGGUUGCCAAUCGUAGUCGCGAACGUUUUGAAAUGGAAAUGAAAUCGAUGUCCACACGACAAGCGGAAGCGCCGCCAAUGCCGAUAGGUUCCAAUAAUGUUGGCAAUCGUCUGUUACAAAAAAUGGGUUGGUCGGAAGGACAGGGCCUCGGUCGUAAAAAUCAAGGACGCACAAGCAUUAUAGAGGCGGAUGCACGUUCAUCUACCGUUGGAUUGGGCAACAAGUCGGGCAUAACACCCGGCGAGGACUAUAAGACGUAUAUUAAGAAAAUGAUGAAGUCACGUUAUGAAUCAGUAUGAUUGCUUUACUUCUUACUAAAGCAUUUACUUAAUUUGCAAAUAUUUUAAUGAUAAUUUUUUAUUAAAUUGAAGUGUACUCAAAUCUGGUUGGUCAAGUGGAAAUAUAUUUUUCAAUUUGACCUAAUUUUUAUUAGAAGGAUAUUAUUGAAAAGUAAAUCAAAUGAUUUCACUUCAUUGUUGAAUAUUUCUACAUAAUUCAAUUAAUAAAUCAAAAUAUAUGUUUGU